CUCUCAUGUAAUGCCCCGCGAAUUCACCCUUAUGUUCAGCCAUUAAAGUCAGCUCUUUUUCACCAGGUAUUGAUUGAGUUAUUUGUCAGUGUUGCUUGGCAGAUGGAUUUAGUUUGCGUCGAUUGUGAUAAUAGUUGCACGGAGUUUAAAUGUAAUAUACAGUCAAGUCCUCCUGGUUCUCCUGAUAUAAAUGACAUAGUUGGAGCCCCACAGCUGAAUCCCCGACUUGGUGAUGAAUAUCAAGUGGAAAUUCCUUCCAUGACAAUUGAAUCAGAACGACUUAAACUUAUAAGGAGUCCUGCUGAUUCAGAAGUUGUGAAUGACAAGUCUCUUUACUUUGCAUUGGGUUUGCCUGUCCCCCUCAUAUGGAUUGAUGAUGAAGUGGAGGAUGGUAGAAAUGAAGGGCAGGAAUAUUUUAGAAACAAUGAUGGUGAUGUCAAUGUUUUUGGACCAGCAGAAACAAGUGAUGUGAAACCAAAUAUUACAUCAGACAAUGAAAUAGAAAUGAGCCCGAUCACUUUAAAACCUGUGACGACAGAAGAAAGAAAGUCAUGUCAACAAGAUCAAGGAAAAACUUAUGGAUCAGCUCCCGGAAAACUGAGUAGUUCUUGGAGUGAUGCUGACAUAAAAAGCUUUCUACUUGGUCUGUUUAUAUUUGGGAAGAAUUUCAUUCAGAUAAAGAGGUUUUUAGAGGACAAAGGAAUGGGGGAAAUACUGUCAUUUUAUUAUGGAAAGUUUUACAAAUCUGAUGACCAUGUUAGAUGGUCAGAUUGCAGAAAAAUAAAAGGGAGAAAAUGUGUGACGGGCCAGAAGCUUUUUACUGGAUGGAGGCAACAUGAACUGUUGUCUCGCUUAAAUUCAAAGGUUCCAGAGCAAGUUCAAGAUACAUUGCUGCAGGUUUCUAAGUCUUAUGCUGAGGGCAGAGCUUCACUCCAGGAAUACAUCUUUUCUUUGAAGUCUACUGUUGGACUCAGCAGUCUUGUGGAAGCAGUAGGAAUCGGUAAGGAUAAAGCAGACCUCACAAGCUUUGCUGCAGAACCUCCUAAGAGCAACCCAUCGUUUUCAAUUCAUCCCUCUGCCCCAGCUGGCAAAGCCUGGUCUUCCCUUGAACCCUGUGAUAUAAUAAAAUAUUUGACUGGAGGGUUUCGACUAAGCAAAGCCAAAAGUAAUGAUCUCUUCUGGGAAGCCGUUUGGCCCCGCUUGUUGGCCAGAGGUUGGCACUCUGAGCAACCCAACAACAAUCCAGGCUUUGUAAGCUCCAGAGAUUAUCUGGUUUUUCUUAUCCCUGGUGUUAAAAAAUUCUCAAGGAGAAAACUUGUGAAAGGUGAUCAUUACUUUGAUUCUGUCAGUGAUGUGUUGAGCAAAGUAGUAUCUGAGCCAAAUCUUCUUGAGCUUGAAUUUGAAGAAGGUAAAGUCGGAAGCUGCAAUGGAGAAGAUGGAUGGAUUUCAGAAAGGGCAUCAGACAAAGAUGAUCAAUCUGAUAGUUAUCGCCAUUGUUACCUCAAACCCCGAGUUUCUUCUUUCAAAACGGAUCAUAUGAAGUUCACAGUUGUUGAUACCAGUUUGAAGCAUGGAGGAAAGUCAUCUGAUUUGAGGGAACUGAGAUCUUUACCCCCUGGAUUCAAAAUAACCUCCCAACAUACCAAUCAAGUGAGAGGAAAAGAAAGUGACUCGUCUGGCAACGCAAGGGGUGAAAUUGAGGUAAACGCUGCUGUUAAGGCUGAUAAAGGGGACAAACAUUCCAGUGAAGCAAACCGCAGGAAAGGUACGUUCGAUAGUAUAAGCCAAAAGUUGACGAAGUUCACAGUAGUUGAUACCAGUUUGGUUCACUGUGGAAAGUUAUCUAGAGAACUGAGAUGCGUGCCAGUUGAAUUGAAAGAUGCUUCUAAGAAGAUGACUGCUCUUUCAAGAGAAGUCAAUGGGAGCUUGUCUGAUUAUUCUCCUGGUGAAAAGGAGACCACUGCACCAUUAGAUGACAAAAAGAAUAGCAGUAGUGUUAAUUGCCAUAGGGACACAUCUGAUGGUGAAUCAAUCAACAGAAAAGGGGCAUAUGAUAGUAUAAAUAAUAAUGCACACAAAAUUGUGGAAAAACAUCAAAGUCAAAAGGCCAGCGUGUCUGAUGAUAAGCAACUUAAGAAGAUCGUAAAGCAGCAGUUCAGUCGGAGAGCAAGAUCUGGUCAUUCAACUCACGCAGCUCCUCCCAUCAAACGUAGAAGAUUGACUGCUUGUGCUAAGGCCGAGACAAGCCGUAUUCUUGAGGUUUCCUCAGAAGACUCAAAAUCCGAAAAACCAGGACUUAGUCAGCCAUCAAGCCUUCCAGAAGACAGCCAAAAUAAUGCAUUCUUAAUUGCUUUUUCUGUUGAAGUUAUGGAAGAGGACAGCAAAGGAAGCAUUCCCAACAAAGAUUGCCUUGGCACAGGCAUGUCUUGCAGUAAAGCUGAAAAAUGUGAAUCACAGCCACCAAUCAACUUGAACUUACACCAGCUUCCACCCAAGUCUGAAAACGGUGAAAUGAUGGGGGAAGAUGAGGAGUGCCUGAGGCCAAAUGAUGGAAGUUUUACGUCUGAUGGUCAGAAGCAAGUUCCCAAGCCAGUAGGAAUCUCUGGCGAUGGUGGUUGUGUGGAGCAGAAGACGGAUGUAAAUCCCAGGAGGCAGAGCACAAGAAACCGACCGUUGACAGUUAGAGCCUUGGAGUCUAUGGAGAAUGAGUUAUUAUAUGUUCAGAGGAAACAGAAAAAGAAAGAAGUACAAACACCAAAGGCCCCAUUCAGUCCAUGCCGGAGGGCACGUACCAGAGUCAAAACAACAAUGCAUCGUCAUAGUUCAAGUGGUGGUUCUUCUGCGGGUUCAAUGCAAGAGAAACACUUGAAUGGAGAUAGUGAUGUUAACCAGGAUAUUAACAAGGCUCUUCAUUAGAAUGGUCAUUUUAAUACUACAUAUUUUGAAGGUGCCUGUGAUCGCGCUAGUUCUGACACCUGGGAACAAUACCUGAGUGAUCUUUACUAUUGUACAGAAUUUUGCCUGCUCAGGAGAAUGCUGACACGACGUCAGUUUGUUGGUGGUAAUUUUUUGCGUUCUCACAGCGUUAUAACAUGUCAUCUUGAUGUUGAUAAAGAUAGACUUCUUGUUAUUGUCUUAUCUGAAGUUCAUCUUCUUGGGCUCCUAGACAAUAAUUAUAAACAACCCUGUAUAGAGCUCCAUCCUGGGCUUCAAUCAAAUUCUCUGUGAUUCUGGCCU